AUGGCGAUUGUUGGGAGCAAGGAGCACCACGUCGACCCUCGUCUAGCCAACAUUGCACGGGCCGACACUAGAAAAUGGUAUUAUAAACCCCAUUUACGAGCAUUAUAUCUUAUAAUGGCUCCUUGUGCUUUGGGUGUCGAAUGGACUUCUGGUUUUGAUUCCUCCAUGAUGAAUUCGUUACAAGCUGUAUCAUCCUGGGUUAACGACUUUGAUAAUCCCACGGAGGGCAAACUCGGUCUCUUGAACGCCAUGUAUUCUCUUGGAGCUCUAAUGGCAAUUCCGUUCGUCCCUACCGUAUCCCAGUAUCUUGGCCGCCGUUGGUCGAUAAUGGCAGGAUCGUGGAUCCUAUGUAUGGGUGCUGGGCUCCAGGCGGGAUCCCGGAACAGUGACAUGUUCCUUGCCUCACGUUGGGUCCUAGGGUUCGGUAUACCCUUUGCCAUCGUCAACGCUUCAUCGCUUAUCGGAGAGCUAUCCUACGAAAAGGAGAGGCCUACCAUGACAUCUUUGUUUAGUGCGUCCUGGCAUGUCGGAGCCAUCGUUGCUGCCGGUGCGACAUAUGGAACAUUUCAAAUGAACAGCACCUGGGCCUGGAGGCUACCGUCUCUCCUGCAGCUGGUGCCUAGCUUGUGCCAGAUAUGUUUCAUACCAUUUUGUCCCGAGAGUCCUCGAUUUUUGAUCUCGACCGACCGUGCCGAUGAAGCGUAUGCUAUUCUCCAAAAAUACCACGGCGAAGGGGACAACGGUGGGGAAUUUGUUCGUCUCGAGUUCGCGCAAAUCCAAAGCACUAUUGCUCAAGAAAAGGAGACAGCCAAGGCCUUCGUGUGGGCUGACGUGUAUCGCGACCCCCCCAUGAGACGCCGGUUUCUCCUAGCCGCGAUAGUCGGUUUCUUUACGCAGUGGAGUGGUAACGGGCUUAUUAGCUUUUACAGGUGCGUGUUGUCCAAGAUUCUGAACCUCGUCGGUAUCACCGAGAAUCGAACUGUCCAAAAGGUCAUCCUAAGCAACACGUGCUGGGGGUUGAUAAAUGCUGUGCCUAUCGCUAUAAUAGCACCACGCUUUCGCCGGCGUACUAUGUUCCUUACUUGUACUGUUGGCACCGCAAUCGUCUACACCGUGUGGACUAUAGCUUCGGCACGAUUCGCUCUCGAAAAUACGACGACAGCUGCAAUCAUAGUCCUAGUUUUCAUUUUCGUCUACUCUCCCUUUUAUAACAUUGGAUGGAAUUCGUUGGUGUAUACGUAUAUGGUGGAAAUAUUCCCAUACCAGCAGCGGGCUAAAGGGAUCGCGGUUCAGCAGUUAACUGUUCGCUUCGCCGUCUUCUUCAACACGUACGUAAAUCCGAUAGCACUGGACCGCAUCGGGUGGAGAUAUUAUCUGGUUUACUGUAUAUGGAUAGUGGUUGAGAUCGGAGUGGUAUACGUGCUUUUCCCAGAAACGCAUAACAGAACUUUGGAAGAGCUCUCGUUCAUGUUCGAGGGCAAGGAGGUCCAAGAGAAGGUUCAGCGCAAUGUCAACAAGCAGCUGGAGCUUGAACAUAUCAAGCAAAACGCCACCGCCAAGACUAACGAGAUCGAAAUCUGA